AUGUGCGACGGCGCCCUGCUGCCUCCUCUCGUCCUGCCCUUGCUGCUGCUGCUGCUGUGGGGACUGGACCCGGGCACAGCUGUCGGCGACGCGGCGGCCGACGUGGAGGUGGUGCUCCCGUGGCGGGUGCGCCCCGACGACGUGCACCUGCCACCGCUGUCCGGAGCCCCCGGGCCCCGGCGGCGGCGGCGCCCCCGCGCGGCCCCCGCCGCCCCGCGCGCCCUGCUGCUGCACCUGCCGGCCUUCGGGCGCGACCUGUACCUGCAGCUGCGCCGCGACCUGCGCUUCCUAUCCCGCGGCUUCGAGGUGGAGGAGGCGGACACCGCCGGGCGCCGCGGACGCCCCGCAGAGCUGUGCUUCUACUCCGGCCGCGUGCUCGGCCACCCCGGCUCCCUCGUCUCGCUCAGCGCCUGCGGCGCCCACGGCGGCCUGGUUGGCCUUAUCCAGCUUGGGCAGGAGCAAGUGCUAAUCCAGCCUCUCAACAAUUCCCAGGGCCCAUUCAGUGGACGAGAGCAUCUGAUCAGGCGCAGAUGGUCCUCGACACCCAGCCCGCCUGCCGAGGCCCAGGGCCCUGGGCAGCUCUGCAAGGUUCUCACAGAAAAGAAGAAGCCGAGGAGGGCCAGGCCAUUGCGGGACUGGCGGGAGAGGAGGAAUGCCAUCCAGCUCACCAAUGAGCACACGGUGGAGACACUGGUGGUGGCCGACGCCGACAUGGUGCAGUACCACGGGGCCGAGGCUGCCCAGAGGUUCCUCCUCACCGUCAUGAACAUGGUAUACAAUAUGUUUCAGCACCAGAGCCUUGGAAUUAAAGUUAACAUUCAGGUUACCAAGCUUGUCCUGCUGCGACAACGUCCAGCCAAGUUGUCCAUCGGGCACCAUGGCGAACGGUCCCUGGAGAGCUUCUGUCACUGGCAGAAUGAGGAAUACGGAGGAGCGCGGUACCUUGGCAACAAUCAGGUUCCGGGAGGGAAGGACGAUACACCCCCUGUGGAUGCUGCUGUGUUUGUGACCAGGACAGAUUUCUGUGUACACAAAGAUGAGCCGUGCGACACUGUUGGAAUUGCUUACUUAGGAGGUGUGUGCAGCUCUAAAAGGAAGUGUGUGCUUGCCGAGGACAACGGGCUCAACUUGGCUUUUACCAUCGCUCAUGAGCUGGGCCACAACUUGGGGAUGAACCACGACGAUGACCACUCCUCCUGCGCUGGCAGGUCCCACAUCAUGUCGGGAGAGUGGGUGAAAGGCCGGAACCCCAGUGACCUCUCUUGGUCCUCCUGCAGUCGAGAUGACCUUGAAAACUUCCUCAAAUCGAAAGUCAGCACCUGUUUGUUGGUGACGGACCCCAGGAGCCAGUACGCAGUGCGCCUCCCUCACAAGCUGCCGGGCAUGCACUACAGCGCCAAUGAGCAGUGUCAGAUCCUGUUUGGCACCAACGCCACCUUCUGCAGAAACAUGGAGCAUCUGAUGUGCGCUGGCCUCUGGUGCCUGGUAGAAGGAGAUACAUCCUGCAAGACCAAGCUGGACCCUCCCUUGGAUGGCACCGAGUGUGGGGCAGACAAGUGGUGCCGUGCGGGGGAGUGUGUCGGCAAGACGCCCAUCCCGGAGCACGUGGACGGAGACUGGAGCCCCUGGGGCACCUGGAGCAUGUGCAGCCGAACGUGUGGGACGGGAGCCCGCUUCCGGCAGAGGAAAUGUGACAACCCCCCCCCUGGGCCUGGAGGCACACACUGCCUGGGAGCCAGCGUGGAGCAUGCGGUCUGCGAAAACCUGCCCUGCCCCAAGGGUCUGCCCAGUUUCCGGGACCAGCAGUGCCAGGCGCACGGCCGGCUGAGCGGCAAGAAGAAGGGCCUGCUGACAGCAGUGGUGGUUGACGAUAAGCCGUGUGAACUCUACUGCUCGCCCCUUGGAAAAGAGUCCCCACUGCUGGUGGCCGACAGGGUCCUGGAUGGCACGCCCUGCGGGCCCUACGAGACUGACCUCUGCGUGCAUGGCAGGUGCCAGAAAAUCGGCUGUGAUGGUAUCAUCGGGUCUGCGGCCAAAGAAGACCGGUGCGGGGUCUGCAACGGGGAUGGCAAGACCUGCCGCGUGGUGAAGGGUGACUUCAGCCACUCCCGGGGGACGGCUCUCCAAGACUCCAGUAAGAGAUCAAUCAACAGUGACUGGAAGAUAGAACUCCCAGGAGAUUUCCAGAUUGCCGGCACAACCGUCCGCUAUGUGAGAAGGGGCCUGUGGGAGAAGAUUUCUGCCAAGGGACCAACCAAGAUACCACUUCAUCUGAUGGUGUUGUUAUUUCACGACCAAAAUUACGGGAUUCAUUACGAAUACACCAUUCCUGUAAACGACACUGCGGAAAAUCAAAGCGAACCAGAAAAACCGCAAGACUCCUUGUUCAUCUGGACCCACAGCGGCUGGGAAGGGUGCAGCGUGCAGUGCGGCGGAGGGGAACGUAGAACCAUUGUUUCAUGCACACGGAUUGUUAACAAGACCACAACACUGGUGAAUGACAGUGACUGCCCUCAAGCAAGCCGCCCAGAGCCCCAGGUCCGAAGGUGCAACUUGCACCCGUGCCAGUCACGAUGGGUGGCAGGCCCAUGGAGCCCCUGCUCAGCGACCUGUGAGAAGGGCGUCCAGCAUCGAGAGGUGACCUGCGUGUACCAGCUGCAGAAUGGCACACAUGUCGCCACCCGGCCCCUCUACUGCCCAGGCCCCCGGCCAGCGCCCGUGCAGAGCUGCGAAGGCCAGGACUGCCUAUCCAUCUGGGAGGCAUCUGAGUGGUCCCAGUGUUCCGCCAACUGUGGAAAAGGGACACGGAAACGCACCGUGACAUGCACUAACUCACAAGGGAAAUGCGACGCGUCCAUGAGGCCGAAAGCUGAGGAGGCUUGCGAGGACUACUCCGGCUGCUACGACUGGAAGACUGGGGACUGGUCCAAGUGCUCGUCAACCUGUGGGAAGGGCCUGCAGUCCCGCGUGGUGCAGUGCAUGCACAAGGUCACCGGGCGCCAUGGCAGCGAGUGCCCAGCCCUCUCCAAGCCGGCAGCCUACCGACAGUGCCACCAGGAGGUCUGCAACGACAAGAUCAAUGCCAACACCAUCACCUCCCCUCGCCUCGCUGCUUUGACCUACAAAUGCACGCGGGACCAGUGGACGGUGUAUUGCCGGGUCAUCCGAGAAAAGAACCUCUGCCAGGACAUGCGGUGGUACCAGCGCUGCUGCCAGACCUGCCGGGACUUCUAUGCCAACAAGAUGCGCCCGCCGCCUCCACCACCAAGCUCAUGACGCGCAGCCUGGCAUUCGCUCAGCGCUCUGGUCUGAGGCCUGGCGUUUAGUGAGUG